UCCCCACCAUAACGCCAAUUAACCAAACCUCACUGCUUCCUCGCUCCCUCCAUUUCCUCCAAAAAUGGAACCCCAACACCAGCCCACCUCCUGCAAAACGGAAGACCACCACCAUCACUACCUGCAAAACCCUAGCUCCUCAGGAUCCCCACGCUCCACCACCGUUCCCACCCCAACCUGCUGCAAAUGCGGAGCCCCAACCCCUAUGGCCGCUCCUCCUCCCAAGCCAUCAUCCUCGCCCCUGUCCCCCAACCCCUCUCUGUCCCCCAAAUUUCCCCUCCCUACCAUUUCCAAGCUCCCUCCAAGAUCAUCCAGUCCCCCGACGACCUCCGCCGCUUCCACGACUCCUUCCCCGGUAAGCACUUCCUCGGCUUCAUCGCCGCUCUCUCCGAUUCCAUUCGCGCCAAAAAAAUCUGCGACCCAUGCCACGAAUCUCCCACGAUCGCCACCAUCGUCUCCAUUCUCCAAACCCUAAUUCAGUGGGUUGACGAAAUCCCACCCACCAAGCAAGCCGCCCGAUACGGCAACGUUUCAUUCCGCUCCUGGCACGAGCGCUUGUCCCAAACCAGCGACUCCCUCAUGCUCCAGUUCCUCCCGGAGCAUCUCCACGCUUCUACGAUCGAGAUAGUCCCUUAUUUCACAGAUAGCUUUGGAAACCCUAGCAGAAUCGACUAUGGUACUGGGCACGAGACCAACUUCGCUGCUUGGCUGUACUGUCUCGCGAGAAUGGGCGUGAUUAAAGAAGAAGAUUAUCCGGCCGUUGUGGCCCGGGUUUUCGUGAAGUAUUUGGACUUGAUGAGGAAGCUGCAGUUGGUGUAUUGCUUGGAGCCGGCGGGGUCUCACGGCGUUUGGGGUCUCGACGACUACCAUUUCUUGCCGUUCAUUUUUGGGUCGUCGCAGUUGAUUGGGCACAAGUACAUGAAACCCAAGUCUAUUCACAAUGAUGAUAUAGUGGAGAAUUUUUCCAAGGAGUAUUUGUAUAUUUCGGGCAUUGAGUUUAUUAAGAAGGUGAAGAAGGGUCCGUUUUCGGAGCAUUCGCCUUUGUUGGAUGAUAUCAGUGGGGUGCCUAAUUGGAACAAAGUGAAUAGUGGGUUGCUUAAGAUGUAUAAAGCUGAGGUCUUGGAGAAGGUACCCAUUAUGCAGCAUUUUCUCUUUGGCUGGCUAAUCAAGUGGGAGUAGGAUGUCGUGUGAGAUCUACUGGAGCAUCUGGUGUAGAAGAAGAAGUCAAUUUUGUGUCAGGUUAUAAGCCACUAUAAGAGUAACAGUUACUAGAUUGGAAAUGUAUACAUCUCCUCUUUUGUAUCCAUUAACUUGUUUUUGCCUUUUGCUCCUGUAAUGAAUACUGAAUAUGCAGUCUUGUUGUUGUGUUACUGCAUUUUUCUUCUUUUGAUCGUAAUAUUUCACUCUGAGUGGAAAAGUGAUCUCAAAAGAAGAAAAAGACCAAACAAAGUAGAUUAGAAUUUACUAUUUCAUUUAGAAUCUGAGCAUAUA